AUGUCCUCGAUGGGUUCGAGCUCUGAUAUACUGAUGGAGAAUGCACCGGAGUCUCCAAAUUUGCCCACGUUUCAGGCUGACUUCAGUGAUACCUACGAGGAAUCUGAGGAUGAAUUUAUCACAAGCGACGAGGAACUUCUAAGCGGGAUGAUUUCCAACGACGAACUGCGACAGCAUUACGGUCAAGCCACGUCAUUGGCAGAUCAUACGGAAUACUUUACAAAAUCAAUUGCCAAUGCAAUGGAGUCGUUGCUGUUGGAUAAGUCACUUGUUGCGCAGGCGCAAUUGAGUGGUCAGAUCAACAACAAGAACCAGCAACUUAUUGAAAUGAAUGAACAGCUCUGCUCAAGACUUGAGUCAUUGAAACAGCAGUACGAGUGUCAUAUCGCCAGAACUCGUUUGGGUACAUUGGAACGAGACCUAGAUAACAUCAACUCGCGCAUUGAGGCAUUGAAGAGUGGAGCAAAGAAAUCGGUUUUAUUCGGUAGCGGCAAGCUUGUAUAA